CCGAGCCGCGGCCCCACCAGCGUCGCGGGCAGCCUCGCCGGCGCGAGGCCCUCCGACGACGACAGCGACGCCUCGGCGUGCAGUCAGGCGCCGCCCGACAGCAGCCCGAACGCCGGGGCCGAGGUGGACGGCGUGAGGUUCUUCGACGUGCAGACCGCGUGCCCAGGCGCGGACGUGGCCCCAGACAUGGAGGAGGGCGAGGCUGCGUUGAAGGAGGCGCUGCAGCUCGCGGAGCCGCUGCAGGACGAGUCGCGCGACCACGUGGCGCCGCUGGUCGGCCUGUUCGGCGAGGGCUGGGCGCGCUGCUUCUACAGCAAGAACUGGCAGUGCCGCGUCGCGGCGCUCACGUAUCCCAGGGGGGCUGCAUCGCGCAGCGCCUCGAGGGCGCCACCGAGCCCGGCCAGGCGCCAGGCGCGGCGGGCGACCUCUUCGGCGGAGCGCUGCGGGCGGUGGUCGAGGGCCUCGACGACCAGAACGUGCGGGUCUACGCCGAGGCCUGCAUGGCCACCACCGCUAUCGUGCCGGCGUUCACCAGCAUCGUGGACGGGCGUCUGCUGGUGAGCCACCUGGCGCCGCUGCUCCGCCUGCUCUGCACCCGCAUGGGGGACCUGAAGGAGGCGGUGAGGACCCAGACCACGCAGGCCCUCUUCCGGCUGCUGCGGCCGCCGGUGGGCGAGUUGCUGAGCCCGGGGGCGGUGGCGGUCCUCAUCCUGAGGCACCUCGCCCCUGGCAAGCACGAGGACGAGGCGGCGUCGCCGCCGCGGGCGCCGUCUGGCAAGGGCGCCACCGUCGCGUGGCUCUGCCGCCUCGCCGCGCUGCGCGACCUGGUGAAGGAGUACCCGCAGGCCUCCCUCAUGCAGCCUGGCUCCACGCACCCGGGCGAGUGGCUCCGGCUCCAGGCCGGGCUGGGGCACAGCGACCCGACGGUGCGGCACGAGUCCGCCCGCCUCCUCGCCCUCGUGUGCAAGAUGCACCUUCGCGGCGCCGCCGCCGAGGCCGACCACGAGACGAUCAAGGAGGCGUGGGUGGCGGCGCUGCAGGACGUGCCGGCCAAGUCCCUGGCGCAGGUGCGGAAGCUGCUGAAGCUGCCCGAGCGCCAGCCGGACGCCCCGAAGGCCCCCCCCCAGGGCGGCGGAGCGCUCGCCGCCGCCGGCGCCCCGUGGGAGGUGCCGCAGGGCCUCGCGGACUGGGCGGGCUGCCCGCCCGAGGUGCUCGCGGCACUGCGGGCGCCGGCCGAGGGCAGCGAGGACGCGGUCGCGGUGGCGCUGCGGGCGCUGACGGAGGCCGCCGUGGCCGUGGGCGAGUCGGGGGCCCAGCGCCGCGGCGCGUCGCUGGAGGAGGCGUUCGCGGGCAUCUGCGCCGCGGCGCAGCGGGCGCUGGCCAGCCCGGUGGGCGCGGACCGCGCCGUGUUUCUGGGAGCCGUACGACUUUGCCAGGGCGCCAUCACCCACAUGGCGUCGGCUCUGUCGGGCCUCGACAUCAGCAUGGGGCUUGCCAAGGUUUUCCCGACGCUCAUGGAGAGGACCUCGCUCGCAGGUGCCAGCGAUGUCAGACUUGGGGUUGCCUCGGACAAGUUUGUGCAGCAGAUCGCCAAGCACCCCAAGGUUGGCUGCGAGUCCGUCACCAAGAUGGUGGUCAGCGCCGUGAGCCGGACGGAGAGGCCGGUCCGGCCCCUGGUGCUGCUGCGGACGCUGCUGAGCGACUUCGGGCUGCGGCUGUGCGCCCAGCGCGACAUCGUCGCCCAGCUGCUGCAGGCCGUCGGCGCGCAGCUCGAGCGCCUCGGCGGCCCGGGCGACGCGAGCGGGGCAGACAACUCGGAGAGCCUGCGGCCGCAGCUGGUCGGGGUGCUGGCCACCUGCAGCCAGUUCUCCAUGGACACCGUGAAGCUUUGCAUGGGCGAGCUGGAGCCGUCGCAGCGCAAGCUCUUGCUGGCCGCCCUCCACGAGGCCCCCGACCCGCGGCUGGUGGCGCUUGGCGCAGCGGCCGCGGCCGCCGCCGAGGGCCACGCGGCGGGGGGCAGCGGCAUCCGGGCCCUGUCGCGCAGCAACAGCAGGGGCGGCCUGUCCGAGUCGCCAUCCGCCGACGGCACGGCGUCCGGCGAUUUCGACGAGAGCUCGCGCCGCAGCGGCAGUCGGAGGAGGCUGCCGCGGCCUGAGGACGGCGAGGCGAGCGACACCGGCGCUUCGCCGGCCCCUGGCCAGCGCCGGCGCCGCCGGCGCUUCGACCCCACGCAGGGGCAGGAGAAGCCCCCCGCGACCGGCGACUCGAGGCUGUCCGAGGCGUCCACCUUCCCCGGGAGCACGGCGUACUCCUCCGCGUCCUCCUUCGGCGAGGUGUCCGCCGCCCGCCCCCCGCGCUCGCCGGCGCCCGCCGCGCGGAAGCCGCAGCCGUGGUGCGAGGCGGACCCGUCGCGCGGCUUCGUCCGGAGCGCCGAGCAGCCCCUGCGGCCCCCCGCGCCGCUGGGCCUCUCCACGCUGCGGGGGCCGGGCCGAGGCGGCGGCAUCCCGAUGCCGCGCCCGCCCGAGAAUCACCGCUCCGACGGGGAGGGGCUGGGGCCUCCCAUCAAGAGCCGGUCGCAGGACGGCCUGGGGGCCCUGGCUGACGUCCUGGCGCAGAUGGAGGGCGUCGGGGGCCACUCCCGUACCAGGUAG